UAUGUAUUUCGUCAAAUCUCAGAGAUACCUGAUAACAAAAACUGUUAAAAACAGCUUAACAGAAAUGGGCCGACUCUGAAAUUUCACGCUCCUCUCUUUCCCUCUCAAACACCACGGCCCACGCUCUCCCAGCCCUCUGCCUUUGCCGGACGCCGACCAGCCAAGCUCCGCAGCAGUCCACUGCGUCGCCCCACCGGCUGGCCACCAUCGGCGUCUCCUCUCGCCACGACCUAACCACACGGCUCAACAUUAAAUCAGUAGGUGUUUGCUCCUCUCGGUUUAGCUCGAGUAUGCUGAUGCAAAUGUAGUAUGGUGGAGAGCUCGAGGUUCUGAUUUUCAAGUGUUUCUUCCGGGUUUUGACGAACAUUGAAAUUGUACCACUUCCAUCCUAUCAUCACCCCUUUUCCCUUUCUUUAUGGGCAAAUUACAAAAUUAGUUUAGCUUCAUUAAAACCCUAACUCUCAACUCUGUUUGACAUCAUACUUUGCAUUUUCUCUCUCCAAUCUGCCUAUUCAAAUUGUGAAAUGGCUCCAAUAAAUGCAACUGGUGAAGAAAAUCAUCCUUUGAAUUGCAAUCUAUCUUCUCCAAAUUCAUAUGGGGCUGUUGUUCUUGGUGGCACUUUCGACCGCUUGCACGAUGGUCACCGCCUUUUCCUGAAGGUUGCAGCUGAUCUUGCUAGAGAUCGUGUCGUGGUAGGAGUUUGUGAUGGCCCUAUGUUGUCCAAGAAGCAGUACGCAGAAUUGAUAGAGCCUAUUGAGAAAAGGAUGCAGAAUGUGCAACAUUACAUUAAGUCCAUCAAAUCAGAGCUCAUCGUACAAGUGGAGCCCAUAGUAGACCCCUACGGUCCAUCUAUUGUUGAUGACACUUUGGAGGCCAUUGUAGUCAGUAAGGAGACAUUUCCAGGGGGACUGUCAGUCAACCGAAAGAGAGCUGAGAAAGGGUUAUCAGAACUGAAGGUGUUGUCUUCUAUUAUUGAAGUUGUGGAUUUAGUAUCUGAGGAAACAAGUGGCGAUAAGCUAAGUUCAACUUUUUUAAGAAAGAUCGAGGCAGAGAAAUUAGAAAAUCAGCAAGAAGCCUGAAGCUUCUCACAUUGGACGCUAAAUCUCCAUAAUGUGAAACUAUCCCUCAAUUGUGCUUUUGGAAAUGAACCUAAACUUAUCCUGAAACUGGAUAUACACCAUAUACACAUCAACACAUGUAUCAUUUGCUUAAGAGUUCGGUGGUGAAAAAGAGAGAAUGGGGCAAAGAGAACAAAUUCAGUGAAUAGCCUUUUUCUUUUCGUUCCCCUCUGAACAAUAGUUUGUACAACAAUUUAGGGUACCUGAUAUCUCAAAGUUACCUUUUACUUGCAAUUUCAAAUUGUAACUUUCUGCUUGUUCUAAACUCAGUUUUGCCAGACAUUAAUCGUCCAAAGUAAUAUGGUCUUAUCCUUGGUUUUCUCAGCA